AUGUCCACCCGUAAGAGAAAGCAGGAGGCCGAAGAGCCGGAAGAGCUCCAGGCUCUCCCCAGCGAUGAGAGCGGGAGUGAAGAAGAAGAAUAUGAGGAGUCUGAUCUAGGUAGCGAUGUGGGCGAAGAGGACGAGGAGGCUGCCUCUGAAGAGGAUGAGCUAGAAGACGAAGGAGAAGAAGAGGAAGCUCCUCCAGAGAAAGCUCCUGCUCCUAAGAAACGCAAGACCGCCCCUGCGCCUGAAGAGGAAGAAGGCGAAGACAAGGAGGUAAAAGAAAACGGCAAGGACACCAGCAAGAAUGGCGCUGCAGACGACGCAGAAGCGGAUGAGGAAGAGGAAGAGCCUGAACCCGAAGAAGAAGAGGAAGAAGAGCCCGCAGAAACGUCCAAAACCAGCGGUCCCGCGGCAGCGGCUGCGAAGGCCAAGGGCGACACUGUUCCCAAAGAACCCGAGGUUGAUAUCGGCGACGAGGACGAGGAGUCUUAA